AUGGCAGUCACUUGAAUCACUUCAAAAAGUCAUGGACCAGAAAACUAGACGUAUUAUCCUAAGAUCAGUAUCUAAAGGCCAGCAGAUACUCGAGCCGGUAGAGUUUGAGACACACAAUGGACUCCCAGUCAACCGCUGUCAACUGGUAUACAAUGACAGCAUCAUUGUUACAUGCUCUGAUGACAAGACUGUUGGAUUCUGGGAAUCAAAAAGUGGGGCAUGUCUUCACACCCUGGCUGGUGGUCAUACCCAUUACAUUGUAGAUAUGGAUAUAAACGAGACACAGUAUCAGUUACUAACAGGCUCCUGGGAUAAAUCAGCCAUACUCUGGGAUUAUAUGACAGGACAACAGACAUGGUCAGGCUAUCAUGAAUCAUUGGUGACAAGUUGUGCCAUGCAUUCCAAUCUGGUAGUAACUGGUUGUGAUGAUCAUCACUUCUAUCUUUACGACUCAAGAUCUUCUGGUGCUAUUGCAGACAGUAAAGACAAGGAAGGACAUUUGAACACAGUGACUUGCUGCAGGAUAUCACGCAAUGGAUACAGCCUAUGCACUUGCUCAAUGGAUAGAACAGCACUUGUCUGGGACCUCAGGAUGGCUAAAAGAUUACUUAAACUAACUGGUCAUAUAAAUGUUGUAAAAUCAUGCAGUUUUUCUAAUAACGAUCAUUACUUGUCUACAGCUUCAUGGGACAGAUCUGUUCGGUUGUAUGACAUACAUUCCGGAUCAUAUAGAAGUAAUGGAGAAACAAUAUUAGAUGGACAUGAAGGCUCAGUCAGUGGCUGUUGCUUCAGCUCAGAUGAUACCAUGUUAGCAACUUGUGGAUGUGAUCAAUACGUAAUCCUUUGGGAUAUGACAAAUUUUGAAUUAAUUGGAGCACUUAGAGAAGGUACAAAUACUUGGCUUCAAGAUGUACACUUAAGCAAAUGUGAUAAAGUUGUUGUUACAUGCUCAAAGGAAGGAGUGGUAAGACUGUGGGACACUGAAGCUGCCAACAAACUGUAUAGGAAACAAAACUCUGGCCUAAACACAGCUAAGUGUACUGAAUGCGGUUGCAUAUUUUCUGCGUUGGAGCCCACAAAUACACCUCAGCUUUGUGUCUUCUGUCGUUUUCAAAGUAAUGCAAAGAAGUCUAUCGACCUGCACAUGUCACCACUGUUUACUAAAGAGGAGGAUGGACCUAAUAAAACCACUAGGAAAUAGCAUGUACAUGUAUAUGUACUUAUUUAUGUGAUGUAAUAAUAUGUAAUAAUAUUAUAAUACUUGCUGUAAUA